AUGAGGGGCCGUAAGAAGGUCAAGCCCGUGAGCCAACGCGGCAAAGCAGAAUGUAUGACUGGUCCUUACAUAGCCAAACAUGCAAACUUAUCGGGCACAUUCCCGUUCCGUGAUGCACUGAGGAAGUGGCUGGACAGCAGCAGCAGGGGCCGGUACACGAUGAACCGCCGAUGGAGCACCCUUCGUGAGCAGAGUGUUAGCCUGGCGGGCGGUGAACUCACUAACCUACUUUUCAUUGACGACGUGUCACUGGUAGCAACAGGGCACGAUAGAGCAGAAUGCCUUCUGGCGCUACUCGAAGCCUACUGCAAAGCGACGGGUAUGGCUGUGAAUGCCGCCAAGUGCGAGGUCCUCAUUGUUGGGGGUGCUACGCGUGAGUGGAAGCGGCUUAUGGAAGCUGAGUACCGGUUAGGUGGGGUGGGGUUGCGGGUGCUGACCGGCAAUGAGACGGCACGGUAUCUCGGGUUGCACUAUGGCCCAGGAGUGCAGUUCUCCAAGUUUUGGAACUCUGUGGUUAAGAGGCCGGGAACGCUGUGUCACCGGGCAUUUGUCGCUGACCUGGAGUUGGCACUUGGGGGCGUCACUGAGUGUUGGGCAAGCAAGGUACUAGCCUUUCUUUCUAGCUUAGGAGCAGAACCCCCCACUAAUACGCGCGGUAAUGAUCUUAUAGCGUACUACGCCACCCUUGAAUUGCCAGUUGAGAGCAUUCUUAAGGUAUUUGCCAAGUGGCUUGAUGCACGGGAUUACCGGAGCCAAAGCUUGUCGCUAUAUGAACCUGCCCCGCCUAGGGGCUUUGUGACUGUGGAGCGGUUGAAGAUGAGUUGCAUGUUUUCGAGGAAUGUCCCGCUUAAAGGAGCAUAUGGGCUAAGUAUGAUGGUGAUCUAGUAUUUAAGGGGCGCAAUAUGCGCAUCAUUAUGACUGAGGCGCCACCCCUGG